CCUGGAGCAAAGAUUGGAUGAGAUGAACGCAGGCUGCUACCAUUCUUCUCGCAAAGAGUACCAACAUUUGUGGCGCCAUUUUCCCUAGAGGUAGUAUCCAUUGCUUCCACAUGGUAUUUCGACAUUAUUACGAUUGGAAUGGAAAGCGAUGCUCUGCCUGUCGGUCCGAAAUGGACACAUUUUGCGGGGUGUUCUUGCGCUAGUUAGUGUACUGCGCUGUGAGGGUGACCGGGACAUCGCCAACAGACAGGAUUGGCCCGCACACCGGGCUCAGCCUCCAGCCUCAGAGCACCAGGGAGGACAGGCAUGUCGCGGAUCCUGUCUGACAUUUUACCCUGCCUUCGUGGCAAGGCUUUUUUUUUCCUUUGUUGACUUUCGUCGUUUGUUGUUCUGCUGCUUCCACUGUUAUAUUCUCGAGAAGGAAUCGCGACACUCACCAGCGCUCACCUGAAGCCGAAGCGAUCGUCAGCCAGGCCCAGGAGAACGUGCGAGACCGCGCCGUACUUUACAGUCACAACGGUGAUACCCGCGGAAGCUUCGAUUGAUUCCCAUACCAAAACAACG